AUGUAUAUUAAAUAUUCGAUCCAUCCAUUAAUGAAAUAAAGAUGUGGAUUCUAACGGGCAAAAUACAUCAAUCAACCAAAAAAAACUACAAAAGAAAACAAAAAUAAAAAAUCAUCUAUCUACUCAAGAGUAAACUAUUUGUAUUAGAAGAAAUUUACACAAAUGCAAAAUAAAAAUAAUCAAAAUCCUGUUAUUGUCGAUCAAAAAUACAUAUUACUUAAUUUAAUAUAUUAAGGAAAGGCUUCAACAAUCUUUGAAGGUAUAAAACUAUUGUUAUUUAAGCGAUCAAUUUAUAAUAAAAGCAAGAAUGUGUGUAAGAAUGUCUCUAAUAUCCAAAAGUGA